GUACUAUAUAGCUUGCCACGACGGGGUGUUUAGAGGGAGAAUCCAUCUUGUGAAGCGGUUGUGUUAAGUUUAUCAUUUAGCUGAAAUUUAACGUUUACGCAUCAUGUCCGACGCUGAGCAGCAGUUCAUGGAGACGUCUGAGAAUGGCCACGAAGGCGAGGAAGACCUGAAUGGGGCCGAGGGCGCGGAGCAGGUGGAGGAGGACGCGGUCGAAGCGGAGCACGACGCAGCCGCGGCCGAGGAGGAGGAGGAGGAGGAGGAGGAUUCCCAAAACGGCGGCGGGGACGGCGGGCAGAUCAACGCCAGCAGGGCCGAGGAGGACGCGGGGAAAAUGUUUGUUGGUGGCCUAAGCUGGGACACAAGCAAGAAGGACCUCAAAGAUUACUUUUCCAAAUUUGGGGAAGUGACUGACUGCACCAUAAAGAUGGACCCCAACACAGGAAGAUCCAGAGGGUUUGGGUUUAUUCUGUUCAAAGAUGCAUCAAGUGUGGAAAAGGUACUUGAACAGAAGGAACACAGGCUAGAUGGGCGGCAGAUUGACCCGAAGAGGGCUAUGGCUAUGAAAAAGGAACCAGUGAAGAAAAUCUUUGUGGGCGGCCUCAAUCCCGAAACGACGGAGGAAAAGAUCCGGGAGUAUUUUGGAACAUUUGGGGAGAUUGAAGCCAUUGAACUUCCAAUGGAUCCAAAGUCAAACAAAAGGAGGGGAUUUGUCUUCAUCACCUUUAAGGAAGAAUCACCUGUCAAAAAAGUGCUUGAAAAGAAAUAUCAUAAUGUUAGUGGGAGCAAGUGUGAGAUUAAAAUUGCCCAACCAAAGGAAGUUUAUCAGCAGCAGCAGUUUGGUGGCCGUGGAGGCUACGGAGGACGGGGCAGGGGCCGUGGUGGCCAGAACCAGAACUGGAACCAGGGUUACAAUAACUACUGGAACCAGGGCUAUGGGAACCAAGGAUACGGCUAUGGUGGCCAGCAGGGAUAUGGUGGUUAUGGAGGCUACGGCAACUACGACUACUCUGCAGGUUACUACGGCUAUGGGGGAGGUUAUGACUACAACCAGGGUAAUGCAAGUUAUGGGAAAACUCCAAGGCGUGGAGGCCACCAAAGUAGCUACAAGCCAUACUGAUCAGAUGUAGUGGAGGACUAAAGUAAUUAUGAGCGAGAGCCUGUGGUCUGGCCGCAGCCAACGUGGGGCCUGACUUUGGAGUUUUGCAGAACUUAGACUUGUGCUCCAUUUGUACAGAUCAAGUGAGGAAUUGGGGAAGCAAAAUGUCACUUUUCCACAUUUUAUUUUAUAUUUUUUGUGUUCAUACACAUUUCCAGAGAUGGAAGUGAUAUUUUUACUGUACUUUUUGGUACCUUCUUGGAUUUAAUGUUAUUGUAUGGUUGUAUUUUACAUGUCUACUGGAUUUACCACAAAGCAAGUUGAGAGCUUAGCCUUUUCUUUGAAUAAACAAUUUGAGUUUUUUUUUCCCAGUGUUUCUAAACUUAGCUUUUCCUUAUGCUGAGUGUCAAUGCAAAUUGCAUGGCUACAAAAUGGGGAAGGGGAAGAUUAAAAAGGGAUUAAACUAAUCAAGUUAAUUUGUAAGCUUGUGUAGUGAAUGUCAGCAGUUGGCUAGUAGAUAAGGACAACCAGCAUUUUCCCUCCUGGCUUUUAAGGAAUUUUACUAAUUUUUUUCCUCCCGUUUUUGUCUGCAAAUAAAGUGGCUUUGAUAGUGUAAACUUUACAUUAAGCUAAAGCCUGUAAAUGUAAGAGAGCACUCCUCUCACUGGAAACCCAUUCCUCUAGUGUCUUGGGCAAAUUGAUAGAAAUAAACUUUUGUUUAUAUUAUGCGUGUGCAUCCUUUAUUUCUGUAAUGCUUCUGGUUACUGUUAAUUUGUCUGAAUAAUGGUAAUGUUUGUGCUAUUGCAUACUAUGGCGGUAGUGUUAAGUUGUUCUGACACUGGCAGCCAGCGUGGGUUCUGAGUAACAUGGCAGCAUGUGAAGGAAUUGAGUUUGUGGGCAUAAAUUUGUAUAAACUUUCUUUUGCCUUUGGGGGUUUACAGAGACGGAUGUAGAGGCUGACUUAACUUGUUUGGAGUGGUGUGGGGGGUUGGACUAGGCCUUGAGGUUUAGUUCUCAAUGGGGAGUUUUGGAGCCAUGCCUCAACUCAUCAAUUUGAAGUGGAAGCUGAAUAUCCUAAAUGGUAGCAGUCUGUAUUAAUGGCAUGCUGAGUGCAUUUGUUUGAACUGAUUUACCUUCAGGUAAGGUAAAAACUUGAACUCUAC